GGGGGAUGGGUGAAUUCUGAAUCAGUGUGUAUAUAACGGUAAGCAAUUUUCAGACCUCCAGUUCCAUUAGCAAGCUGUGAUUGUGAUAUGAAGAUGCAGAAGUCUGUCUCUGUCGUUCCUCUACUGUUGCUCCUCUGCCUGUGUGGACUAGGAGUCACCAAAGGUCAAGGGGUAGAGGUCACUAAAGCUGUAGAUUUCAAGACAGAAUUCGAGGUCAAAACACCAGCAGACGGAAAGGCAGAUGGACAGACUGACCUCUGGGCUGAGCUGAGAGACAUGGUGGUGGAACAGAGAGUGGAAAAGAGAGAGGCUGUCACUCAAAGUCAACUGGAGGACUCAAAGACUCAGAAUUCAGAUCUCCAGAAUCAAAGCGUCAGUCCACCAGCUGAAUACUCAGUCAGACUGGUGAAUGGGACCACUUCCUGUUCUGGGACAGUGGAAGUCUUCUAUGAAGGAGAGUGGUUAAGUAAAUGUUAUGGGUGGUGGAGCAUGAUGAAAGAGGUUAAGAUGUUGUGUAAAGAGCUGAACUGUGGGAAUGUUGUAGCUGAAUCUAGAGGACCUCAGUUUGAAACGGGAAGAGGAAUAGUCACAAUAUAUAGUAUGUGUAGUGGAGAUGAGUCUUCUAUUGGACAGUGUGUCAUCACAGGAGCACGUACUGUCUGUAAUCGUGGAUAUUAUCAUCAUGUGACCUGUUCAGAGUCUGUGCGGCUUGUGGAUGGAUCUGGUCUCUGCUCUGGGAGAGUGGAGGUGAAGUCCAAUCAGUCCUGGGCCUCAGUGUGUGAAGCUGACUUUGACCGGCAGGAUGCAGAGGUAGUCUGUAGGGAGCUUGGCUGUGGGGCUCCUACAGCUCUACAGGGGGGGCUCUAUGGAGAAGGUGAGGGUCAGACCUGGGAUAAAGAGUUCCAGUGUAAAGGCAAUGAGUCCCUUCUCCUGGACUGUGACACCUCAGACAGAAAAAACAACACCUGCCUACCUGGUUAUGCUGUUGGACUCACCUGCUCAGAGCCUGAUGAUGUGAGGCUGGUGGGAGGAGGCAGUCGCUGUGCUGGUAGAGUGGAGUGGUACUACCAGGGAGAGUGGAGGACUGUGGGAUCCUUUGGCGGGCGGUAUACAUCUGCAGUAGUGUGUAGACAGCUGGGUUGUGGCUCCACUGUUUCAGUACUACCUGGAAACACCACUAGAGGGUUUAGAGUUGACUGUGAAGGGGAUGAAUCUGCACUGAGGGGAUGUAUAAGAAGUCAUCGUCUCCUUCCUGGAUUCACAGUGAUCUGCUCAGAUCUCUUUGUCCAGCCUGAUAUCUUCCUGACUGACUCAAUGGGAGGGGUCUUCAGGGGCCCGGGGUGUUCAGGGGCUACAGCUUCAACAUCACUUGCUCCACUCAGCCACAGUACCCAGGAGGCUCCUUCCUCCUCACGUUCACCGGCUCCAACAGAACCCAGAUCCAGCCAGCUGUCAAUCACUCUGCUGCCUUCCUCUUCCCUGCUGCAGAUGACUCCCACCAAGGGAACUACAGCUGUGUUUAUGACAAUUAUGUUUUCUCUCAUAACUUCUCCUCUGAGAGUGAGCUCCUCCCCCUCGCCAUCACAGCCUCUCCUCUGCCAGCCUUCAUCAUCAGACACGUUGUAGUGCUGCUGAUCCUACUGACAACCAUCACCACCUCCUACCUGUACUACAAGGUAAAGACAUU